AUUUUGAAACAUUUUUCCUUGGUAAAAUUUUUAUAGUACUUUAUCAAUAACUUUUUCCAAAAAAUAAAGAGUUUAAGCAAAAAACAUUUGGUUCCAUACUUUUUAUUCACCUGGUAUGAAAUAACACAAACUAUUUACUCAAACACUAAACGUUUAUUUACACUAUGCAUUUUACCACAACGUGGUGAGAAUUAAAAGUGUUUUAAGAAUGUACCGCUUUAUCUUGAGUACCUACUUUCAGUAUUAAAACUUUAGCAACUUAUAAUUCACAAAAUGUUUUAUUAUUGGUAGGAUGAUUCUUUAUCGUUCAAUUUAUAAACCCACACAAAAUGUAUCUUCAUUGUUUGAAUAAUCAUAAAAUAUGAAAUUCUCUGUGUUGCUAUAUUUAAUAUUCACAAGAUUUGAAAUAAAUUAUUGUAAUAGUAAUGUUUCGUCUACGAAAUGUGAGGAAUAUGGAAAAGCAGUUUAUGUGCAAAGUUUUAGUCCAGUGUUAUCUGUAAAUGCCCAAAAAAAUGUUGUGUCCGAAUGUGGAAUAGUAUCAGUGCCACUAAUAGUUGGAGGAACAUCUGCUUCUGAAAAAGAAUUUCCUCAUAUGGCUGUGAUUGGGUAUGGGGAGACACCAGAAUCUAAGCUAGGAUGGGAUUGUGGAGGCACUUUAAUUAGUGAAUUAUACGUAUUAACAGCUGCUCAUUGUUUAGAAAGUCGAGAAUUAGGUCCUUCUCAAGUUGUUCGGCUGGGUACUAUACAUUUAGAUGAGCUGGAUCCAGACGUGCAAGAACGUGUAGUUAUUGAAAGAAUUCGUCAUCCUGAUUACAAACCGCCAUUAAAAGCAAACGAUAUAGGUUUAAUUAAACUGCAGGAUCCUGUAGAAUUUACACCAUACGUGCGACCAGCUUGCUUAAAUACAGCGGAUAUUAAUCCUGGGCGAAAAGGACUAGCAUCGGGGUUUGGAAAAUUAUCGUAUGAUGCAGAAACCGGAAGUAAGAACUUAAUGAAAGUAUUGCUUAAUAUUUAUCCCAACAAUCGAUGUUCAAAAGCUAUUUCACUACGAGAAAAGAUAAAAGAUACAAUGUUGUGUGCUGGAAAGAUGGAAGGAGGUAAAGAUACUUGCCAAGGAGACUCAGGAGGUCCAUUACAAAUUGUAUUGGAAAAGCCUUAUUGUAUGUACAGUAUUAUCGGGGUUACUUCUUUUGGAAAGUUUUGUGGUUUUGCUAAUGCACCAGCCAUUUAUACAAAAGUUUCCGCAUAUGUUCCUUGGAUAGAAAGUAUUGUAUGGAAAUAAAAAACUAAAAAUAGAUUUUAAUUAGUAAUGACAGAUAAAUGCAGUUUCUUUUCUGGGUUUGAAUCAAAAGGAAUAAAAAUUUGUACAUAGGUUAAGAGUUAUGUUAAGAGUUUUUUAAAUAAAUGGAUGUAACC